CCUGGAGUGCUGCUGUUCUGCACCACCUGCACCUGGAGAACUGCUGUUCUGUACCACCUGCACCUGGAGAACUGCUGUUCUGCACCAUCUGCACCUGGAGUGCUGCUGUUCUGCACCACCUGCACCAGGAGAACUGCUGUUCUGCACCACCUGCACCAGGAGAACUGCUGUUCUGCACCACCUGCACCUGGAGAACUGUUUUUCUGCACCACCUUGACCAGAAGCACUACACUUUUGCACUACCUACACCAAAAGAACUGCUCUUCUGUAUCACCUUCACCAGGGGAACACCACCACUACCUCUUGUGCACCAUCCAGAACAACCACCUGCACUUUGUGCCACUAGAACAACAACACUACCUCUACGUCAGCAUUACUGCUCAGCUACAACAGGAACACAACAACUAUCUAAGUGCUUCACAACCCUGCACCAGCUGCUAACUUAGCUAAGACUAAAACCCCUGUGGUGCGUUCCAAUCUGCCUCCUACAUUCAGCUGAACUAUAUUUGCGGGGUUCCCCUUGUUGGUUGUGCUCCGCUGCGCACUAUACUACCCACCCUGGCUAAUACACUGCCUGCUGCCUGCUGCCUUAUGAACUCUGACCUUAGAAGUUACAGAAAGAGUCUGUCCCUGAAGCAUACUAAGUCCUGACAGUGGCUAUAUACCUGACCCAAGACCUCCAAUUACCAGUAGCCUAAAGUGAGGAGCUCCAUUGCACAGCAAUGGGUCGCUACACUGGGAAGACAUGUCGGCUUAUCUUCAUGUUGGUUCUCACUGUCAUCUUCUUCGUGGCAGAGUUAGUGUCCGGCUACUUGGGUAACUCCAUCGCCCUGAUAUCUGACUCCUUUAACAUGCUGUCAGACCUGAUCUCCCUGUGUGUUGGGAUCACAGCCUCCCGUGUAUCUAGGCGAAAGACAAGGGGACCCACAGCUACCUAUGGGUACACCCGAGCAGAGGUGGUGGGCGCACUGUGCAACGCAGUGUUCCUUACCGCCCUUUGCUUUACCAUCUUGGUGGACUCUAUCCUAAGACUGGCCAAACCGGAAAAAAUUGAUGGUCCUGAGCUGGUGUUGAUAGUGGGUGCACUUGGGUUGGGAGUGAAUAUCGUGGGUCUACUGGUCUUCCAAGACUAUGGCAGAUGUAUCCGCUUUCUACGUGGGCGUAAAGGCCAACAAGAACCAGAAGUAGCCAACAAAGACCGCCUUGAGGUCACCCCUUACCAAGCUGGAGGCAACCAAGGAUCCGAGAGCCUGGAUGUCAACUUAGCAGGUGACUAUAUAGAUGAGCAAGACUCUGACCUAGAAGAAGAAAAGGACCAGAGUGGAAAGAACGCAGCUGCCCUCAACAUUAGAGGUGUUCUGCUUCAUGUGAUGGGCGACGCAUUGGGGUCUGUGGUUGUUGUGGUGGCAGCGGUCAUAUUUUACAUAAAACCUCUGGCCCCUGAUGCCCCAUGCAACUGGCAGUGUUACAUUGAUCCCAGCCUGACAGUGGUGAUGGUGGCCAUCAUCUUAUUUUCUGCCUUCCCCCUUAUCAAAGAGACCGCCACCAUCCUGCUUCAGAUGGUCCCCAAAGACAUUAAUGUUGGAGAAAUUGGUGAUAAAAUAUCCAUGGUACCGGGAGUUAAAAGUAUCCAUGAAAUCCAUGUUUGGGAGUUAGCCAGUGGGAAGAACAUCGCAACGCUCCAUGUGAAGUUUCAGAACCUUCAAGACUACAUCUUGGCCAAUCGUAACAUCCGUAAAAUCUUCCACUCCCAAGGCAUCCACGCGGUCACCCUACAGGCCGAGUUUACGGAUGCCAAGGACUUCUCCUUGGAGUGUAACGCGCCAUGUAUAUCCAAGAAAUGCGACGAGUACCUCUGCUGCAGCCAGGAGCUGGUUCCAUUUGCCGAAACGGAUGGCAAGGCCCUAAAGAAAGGCAAGUCCUCUCAAGUCUGGUACAGAAGCAAUGACACAAAUACUGAUGUGGAGAUUCCAAUAGACUCCAAUGAAGGAAUUCCGGAAGUGAAAGUGGUUGCCAAUGGCCUACAUUCGGAAAAUCAAGCUCUGAAUGACAAGGUUACCCGGUUAUAAAGUAUUGGCAUGGACUGGAAGGGGAAACAAACCCCUUGAAUCAUAUUUACUUGAGGACCAAGGGUCCGUAGUGCAGGGCGUGGCCUGUGGUGUGUAUACCGGUUCGUUUUACCGUUGUACCAUAACGAUAUCAGGGCCGACGCCAUGAAUGCGUUAGGAUCAUAGAAUCCAUUGAAUGUACAAAUAUACGAUUGGGUUGUCAACGCACUCACAAUGGGGGAGAUCCUGUGCGAAGCAAAAGUUGCCCAGUUGCCCAUAGCAACCAAUCCGAUUGCUUCUUUCAUUUUGCAGAGGCCUUGUUAGAAAUGAAAGAAGCGAUCUGAUUGGUUGCUAUGGGCAACUGUGCAAAUUUUCCUCUGGACGGGUUUUUUGAUAAAUCUUCCCCAAUGUUCGAUAAAAGAUCGUGUAUGAACCGGGCGUAUUGUAAGAGUCAAUUUGUCACUCCCCCUCCCAUCACUCAUACACUUAAUACCAACUCUUAAAGGGCCGGAUUGAGAUAUACAUCCAUUUACAAGUACACUACUAUAGUGGGGGGCUCCUGUUCAGGACCCUCAUCUUUUAGCCAUGUCCAGGGGCGUAACUUGUAGCUUCUGGGCCCCAAUGCUAAAUCAGCAACAGGGCCCCAUGGGCUAUUUAUAAUACUAGUGUCUUAUGGGACAGAGGUGCCUUGGGGCCCCUUUAGGCACAUGGGCACCGGUGUGACUGCUACCUCUGCACACCCCAUAGUUAUGUAUCUGGCCACAUCAAGGUGUAUCUCUUACUCUGGAGCAGU